AUGGGAAAGAAAUCUAACCGAUGUCCAAAUAAUGUGAAUUUGGACGCUGGUUAUGUGGCAAUUGAUCAAUCCUCUUUUUAUAAUCAUAUAGGAUUACGUGGAAAAAAGUUAGCUUGUUUUCUAAUUAGUCUUCUUGUCUUACUGUUUAUCAGUCUAGCCAAUUUAGGUUUAUUAAUAUGGCUUAUGCACAAAUUAAAUUGGUCACUGUCUGGUUCGAAAGCAUUUACAGUUAAAAAAAAUGAAUUUAUUAUCAAUAAACAAACGAAUAUACCAAAAAGUAUCUAUGUAACAAAAAUUAGAAAUAUUAAAAAUUCAUCAGAACUUAAACUACAUUCAAAUAAACAAAUCGAUAUUUAUGGUCAACCACAAGCACUAGUACUGGACAAUGAUCGCGUAUCCAUGAAUACGGAUCAUUUUUAUGUGAAUUAUGAUCCAUUAAAUUUUAUGGAUAUUCAUUCAUAUUCAUUUAAUCGUUCAGUUAGAGUUCACAUUGAUCAACUUAAUUCGCGUCAGAUACAAAGUAGAAAAAAAUCUUCACAUUCUUCUUCAUCUGAUCUCGAUAUAAGUGCCAAUGGUCAUUUAUCAAUUAAAAAUAUCAACGAAAUUUAUGUUCAAGGACAAAAUUUAUUAUUGUCAUCAAAACAGAAGAAUAAUAAAUCAACAAUUAAAUUUUCAAAAUUAAUGUCAAAUACAAAUAAGGUAUAG